AGGGGUGGUGCACGCUGCUUUCAGGAAACAAAUGCAAAGGUAAACAGAAAAGUUUCAAGACAGAAAGCUGUGCUGUAGGACGUCUAACAGUUGUAAGAACUGCUACAAAAUGGAAAGAAGUGCUUACGGCGCAUCUCUCGCUGGUGGUUCUUUUGAUUGCGAGAGCUUCAUUAAGCAGCCUCAGACUAUACUUCGAGUACUGAGCUGGGUGUUUUCUAUUGUGGUUUUUGCAACCAUCACUGCAGAGGGUUUCAUUAACCCGUAUUUUCAAUCAGAAACUAAAUGCAUAUUUAACCAAAAUGACAACGCCUGCAGUUAUGGAAGUGCAGUAGGAAUUCUAGCUUUCCUGGCAUGUGUUGCCUUCACUAUUUUGGAUGCGUACUUUCCUCAAAUCAGUAAUGCCAAGGAGAGGAAAUACAUUGUCAUCAGUGAUCUUGUUUUUUCUGGUGCAUGGACGUUCUUGUGGUUUGUAUGUUUUUGCUUCCUGGCCAAUCAGUGGUCACAUACCACUCAGACAGAGGGUAUCUCAGGAGAUGCUGCCCGAGCUGUGAUAGCCUUUUCCUUCUUUUCCAUUGUCAGCUGGGCUUUGCUUACCUUAUUUGCCUAUAGACGAUGCCGCCAAGGCAUAGAUGAGGUCGGUCUGGGCUACACAGAUCCUUCACAUGACCAAAACACCCCAUACCCGGCUUACCCCAGUGCUCCAGAAGGCUACCAGCAAUCCCCUUUCAGUCACAAUCCCACAGGCGAUGGAAGCUACCAACCACCAGCAUAUUAAAUGAUAACACUUAGCUCACCAAGGCUGAGGAAACAUUCAACACAAGUCAGCUUUGUCAGCAUGCACUGACUAUUGCACUCCAUUGUUUAUCUGGGCCUGUAUGCAUAAGAAUAAUAAUCCAGAUUUUUGUUUCUCAUUUCCAUUUGACUGUAUUUAUGAGCUUGUAAAAGGCCAAAUUUGACCCUAGGUCACCACUUCUUCUGAAAGCUUUCAUGAAUAUGGGCCUUAGUAUCUUCAUUCGUUUUAUUAAUAAUUACGUGCCUGCUAGUGACAAUCAGGAUGAUGUGUCUGGUGUGUUAUCUUCACUGCUAAAAUACUUAAGUGCAAAAAAAGGUUAGUAAGGAGUAUCUUGCCUAUUGCAAAUGACUUAGAUUCUUCAUAGAAUUCUACUGCAUUCUAAUGCAGUAAUAGGCAAGGAAAGGCCUAUAUUUUAAAGAUAAAUUUGGCUUCAUACUUAUUACUGCAGUUUGUGCAGUCCUCCAGUAUACACUGAAAAGAAGCAAUAAAAAAUAUUGUAUGCAUUUUACAUGGUUACAUGAUGAAUUAAAAGAAAAUAACAUAUGACAGCCAAAUUAUCUGAUACUAACUUGACACCAUGUUUAAGUACCAAAUGUACUGCCAAACAGGUUUAUGCACAAAAUGUUCUGGUUGUCUUGUAUUUAUGGGAUUUAGAUAUUUUGUAAAUUGAUAAUAAUAUGGCAAAUUGUUUUAAAAGAAAGUAGAAAGUACUGCCUGAUGAACUACUGUAAAACAGUGCUUUAGUAUCAGCUAUAAUGAAUGUGCACUUGAAAUGCCUUGUUUUUAUAUAUUUUCUCUGUCUUGCGCCUGAUUUGUUUUUAAGAAGAAAAUGGUGAUUGCUAAAUGAAUCUUACAGUUUUAUUACAAAGUUGUGUUUAUAUUUACAUAAAUGUGUUUUAUACCAGGAAGCCAAAUUAAGGACUUCUACCUCUGAUUAUAAGAAUUGUGCCUUAAAGUCUGAAGUACCAGUGCUGUAUUUUUUGAAUACCAAUCAUGGAAAGUAGAUUUUUCCAAA